GAGGGACCUGGGGCACAGAGUCCCGGUGGCUGCUCAUCAGAGACCUAGACUAGAUGCUGCUGUGGGAUAUUCAGGCUGAGUCGCCGGCUCUCAAUCCCCUCAUGAUCCUGCUGUGGCUGCUCUGUGCCGGUGUCACAGGCCAGGAGCCCUGCAGCUCCCCAGGUGACUUUCCUUCUCCUACAUUGUCCCUGAGCACCUCUUCAGCUCAGGUCGGGGACUCCGUUUCGGCUCAGUGUUCCCUUCGUCCCAACAGUUUAGCUGCUCUAGUUAUUUUCUGUCAGGAUGGCAAAGAAAUCUCCAGCCAAUUGACCACACCAGGCCAGUCACUGUAUCAAUAUAAAAUCUCUGUGCAGAACUCAGGCCAAUUUAGAUUUAUGUACCAGUACAGGAUCAACCAGAACCAGGUGAACAAUUCUCGUCUGAGUCUCCCCUGGACCUUGAAUGUAACAGACAGGAGUGUUCACUCUGGUGAUGCUGAUCACAGCAGUAGCGGCAGCUCUGAGAAAAAAUCAAUUCCUGAUGGAAGGCGAUUGGGACUGGAGGCCAUCUGGGGAAUCGCAGGGCUCUUUGUCCUCUCUCUGGCUCCACUGAUUUGUCUGCUGGUGAAGAAAGGGAACAGCUCCCAAACUGCAGCACUGAGAACACACCCACGGAGGAGCAGAUCCAGUGUAAGGACCUAUACUUCCCCCUUACUACUUGUGUGUGGGUAA